GAAACUGAAGAUAUGAUUAACAUAUCCCACAAACCCUUCUCCCCACGCAACUCCUAGCGAGGAUUCAGUUUUAAAGAAUCAUCAUUGAUUUUAGUUAAUUCCUUCCCUUAAAACUUGUUAAUUAAUUUAAUAAUCCCUUUUCUUUACCCGUACUUAGCACAGUGCCCUAGGUACCCUCUACCUCCCCUUUUCGAGUACUUUCAAUUGAAAUGAUAAAUAAGUUGUCCAAUUAAAUAAAAAUUCUCUAAAUUUUUUAAAUUAGGUGAAAGGAACAAAAGUUUUUUGAGUUUUUAUUUUUUAAGUUUUUUCGUUCCAACAAUUUGUCUCAAUUGUAGAACAAGUUGUUCAACAACUAGGUGCAGUUGUCGAACAACUACAAUUACAAAGUUGUUCAACAACUAAGCACAAUUAUUUAUAAUUGAGCCUAGUUGUUCGAAAUUAUUCAACAACUGAGCGAAGCUUUUCAGACAAGCAAUAUCAAUUGUUUAAGGCCUUAAAAAUUGAAGGAAUAAAUUUAUGGCAUCCACUUAUCCCUUUGUUUUUUUAGUAGGAAACUUGGAAGGCCUUGUGGCUUAUUUUUCUCCCCUUUUCGUCCCUCUUUUGAGUUACUGUUGGAGAUCAUCUUUUUAGCUAAAAAGUCCCAUUUGGGAAUGAAAGGGUCAAUUAAUAGCAGUGAAGAAGCGGUGGUGGAAAUGAGACCUAGUGGGAUGCUUGUUCAGAAGAGACAAAAUGAUGCUUCUCCUAUUACUCCCUCUAAUUCAACUAUUACCAUCAAACUCUCAUAUGCUUCUCAACAGUUUGACCUCCCUGUGCCCCCUGAAUUCACUUUCGGUGAAGUAAAAAGUAUCCUUUCCUCGAUAAUUGGUUUGGAGCCUAAGGUGCAAAAACUUCUAUUCCGGGGAAAAGAAAAAGAAGAUCAUGAAUAUCUGCACUUGGCUGGUGUGAAAGACAAUUCAAAAAUGUUAGUUAUGGAGGAAGAAACAGUUGAGGACAGAAUUCCUGAAGAGGUUAAGGUUACCACUGAAAUAUCAAGAGGAGCUGAAGCUGUUGCUGUAGUGAGGACAGAAGUGGAUAAGCUCUCGGAGCAGGUCUCUGCUGUACAAGCAGUCGUGUUUGGUGGUACAACUGUUGAGGACAAGGAUAUUAUCUGUUUGACAGAGAUGUUGAUGAGACAGCUGCUGAAAUUGGAUGGCAUUGAGGCUGAAGGAGAAGGGAAAGUACAAAGAAAGAUGGAGGUGCGCCGCGUCCAAAGCUUGGUAGACACAAUGGAUGCAGUUAAAGCAAGAAAUUCCAAUCCCUUAAGCAACAAAAGUAAUGCCGUGUCAGUGACUACUCAAUGGGAGACAUUUGAGUCGGGGGUUGGAAGCCUGAACCCUCCUAGACCUGCAUCUGGGAUUGGAAGCCUGGACACGCCACCUCCUAAACCUGAGUCUGUGGUUGGAAGCCUGGACGCCCCACCUCCUAGACCUGCAUCUGGCGUUGGAAGCUUGAAUGCCCCACCUCCUGUAACUACGUCUGGGGUUGCAAGUUUGAACCCCCCACCUUCUACACCUGCAUCUGGGGUUGGAAGCCCAAAUGCCCCACCUCCUGGACCUGCGUCUAGGGUUGGAAGCCCAAAUGUCCCACCUCCUGGACCUGCGUCUAGGGUUGGAAGCCCAAAUGUCCCACCUCCUAGACCAGUGUCUGGGGUUGGAAACCUAUAUCCCCCUCCUCGUGGACCUGCUUCUGGGGUUGGAAGCCUAUAUCCCCCACCUCUUGGACCAGUGUCUGGGGUUGGAAACCUAUAUCCCCCUCCUCCUGAACCUGCUUCUGGGGUUGGAAGUCUAUAUCCCCCACCUCCUGGACCUACGUCUACGGUUGGAAGCCCGAACGUCCCAUCUCCUGGACCAGUGUCUGGGGUUGGAAGCCUGAAUGCUCCUCCUGGACCUGCUUCUGGGGUUGGAAGCCUAUAUCCCCCACCUCCUGGACCUGCGUCUAUGGUUGGAAGCCCGAACAUCCCACCUCCUGGACCAGUGUCUCGGGUUGGAAGCCCGAAUCCUCCUUCUGGACCUGCUUCUGGGGUUGGAAGCCUAUAUCCCCCACCUACUGGACCUGCGUCUGGUAUUGGAAACCUAUAUGUCCCACCUCCUGGACCUGUUUCUGGGGUUGGAAUCCUAUACGCCCCACCUCCUGGACCUGCAUCUGGGGUUGGAAGCCUGAACGCCCAACCUCUUAGACUGCCUUCUACUGUAGUGACCGAGGACUGGGAACAAUUCGAAUAGAAUAGUCGUAUAUGUUUCCAGUUAUGAUUUUUGAAGAAACAGAAAAUGGCAGUUAUUAGGCACUGCUGACCACCAUUAUUUUGUCGUCUUCGCUCUGUAGGUACAGUUAAAUUUUUUGGUGACUGUAAACUCAUGAUCUGGCAAACAUAAGGGUUUAAUGAAAUGGUGUUGGUAAAUUACUUCUGUGUUUUGUAAGGUUAAAUUAAGGUCUAGUUCAUAAUUCUAUUAUUCUUCACCUCAUAUCUGGCAAACCUCUUAUUGCCAAAGCAAGUUGCUGAAACAAUGUGAACCAUGUUUUGCGAAAUAAUAUCGCAUAAUCACCCUCAAGGUCAUUCCCAAUCAUCAGAUGCCAAUCUAGGGGUGUCAAAUUGACUGGUUGGACUGAAUCGGAGCAGGUAAAAUUUUUCCGAUUCAAUAGAUGGUCUGACCCAACCCAUUUGAGUUGUCUUGGGUCACCACACACAUUCAUGGGAACUGGUUGUUUUGUAUAUUUUUCAAACAAUUUGCUUUGGUUCAGAACUACAAUUAUGCUCUAUGUAUAUAUGUACGAGGCGGCAUGUAAGAUUUGUCUCUUUCUGGUCAUUAUUUUGUAUCUGCAGCUCAAAAUAAAACAAAUCGAUGCUGGUUCACUUGUUACUUUCAAUUUCCCCACCUGUGUCUGCGCCAUUGUCUCGUAUACCCCAAUAUUGUAUUUUUUGGGGGGGUUUCUCACCUGGUACUUGCUUCUGGACCAACUAAUUUAGAUUCUUGAUGGGGUCCAGUCCCACUUUAAAAUUAAAGGCUCCAUAUACCAAUGGCGACCCUAUACUCAGGUCCGAAUCCAAGACUUCAAAUUAAGAACAAAAUACUUACCACUUCACUACAAUUUUUGGUGGUUUCAAUAUUGUUAUCCAGUUGUAAAGGACUUAUGACUCAAGAGAUAAUUUGAGAUUCAAUCUGCAUCGUCUUAAGGGAAUUCAGAAUUUUUUAACACGGAACCCAAGUAAAUUUUGAACUAAUAACUGUUAAAGUAUGACGUGUCGAUAGCUAAAAAUCAGCUUCUAUAUGGACUUGGCAUGCUUUCUCAUGGCCCAAAGUUCCUACAUAGAUGAUGACAUUGACCUCUUUUUAUUUUCCAGUUCACUACUUGUUGGAAUCAUUUGUACGUUUUGAUAUAAUAUAUGGUCCAUGUGGUACCAUAUUAUUCCUUUCAUAAUCCUCAAUUGAACUCCAGUCCAUAUGAGAUAUUUCUCAUGAAAAUGGACAAUUCAUAAGUGGGGCUAUCACACGUUAUAACAUUCCAAGAAAGCAUCAUUUUCUUGAAACUUCACUGAUAUUUUUGUAUCCUAUUAAACAUGAACAAAAUAAAAAUAAUAUACCAUACCAUAAUUUUAUGAGCACUUUCUUUCUUUAUGUCUUCAUUGAAAACAGUACCAUCCAUGUCACCAAAUGAUUUUUUCCAAAAAGAUGAUCCAAUGAUACUAUCUACUAAGGAUCAUAAUUUUGCUCUAAGUGGAGAAAUUAUGUUGCUGGUACUUGUACUUCUUUUUGCUCUUUUUCUUGUCACAAUGAUUUUCUUCUUGUGUAUGAAACAUUUUAAGUACUAUUCUUCUACUCCACCAGACCAAAUUGUUCAAUCAUCUUAUCCUUCACCUUAUCCUUCCACUCCAAUGUCAACUAAGCCGUUGCAUCGCGAUAUAGCAGAGUUUGAUAGAGCACGAUGGACGCCAUAAUUUUUUUUAGAUUUAAAUCAUAUAUAUUUAUGUAUCGUAGGAUUUAGAAUGAUUAUUAUCUUAUUGUAUGUAUAUACUUCGAUAUCAUUUCUAUUUGUAUAAGAUAUAUAGUUUAGAAAGGGAGCCUUGGAGUAACUGGUCAAGUUGCUGCCAUGGGACCAGGUCAUGGGUUCACGCCUUGGAAACAGCCUUUGGCAGAAAUGCAAGGUAAGGCUGCAUAUAAUACACCCUUGUAGUGGGGCUCUUUCCCGGACACAGCGCAUAGCGAUAGCUUUAGUUUACCGGGCUGCCCUUCAUAAGAUAUAUAGUUCAGUUGAGUUGCCCUAGAUUUGCUUCUGUGGAGAAUUGCAGGAUUUUCGCAUGGUAUUAUUGGGUUUUAUGCACUCUAGUAGCUAGAAGGAUACCUUCAGUUUACUACUUUAAGGCAAAGAACAAUUGAGUUUAAUUUCUUCUUGAUACUUUGAGGUUGUUCUUACUCUAGAAUGAAAGUAUGGAACUGUGAUUUUGUUA